AUGGCUCCUGAUGUCGGUCGUGAGGCCGAGUACAUCCGCGAAAGAGCAAAGAAAGACCUGCUUGGGUUGCUCGAAGGCGUCAGAGGCAAGAAAAAUCUUGUUCUGAGCAAAGACCUCACCGGUCCACUUCCGCUCUUCGUCAGCUCAGCCACGCUCAAGGAUUAUGGCGUUGACAAAGUCUUCGAACUGGAGAACAACAACACCGACUCCUCUCAACGCAAUAUCGUCUAUUUAGUUCGCGGAGAGAAGGCCGCGACUGUGCAAGCUGUUGUUGAACAGGUCAAACAGCUUCAACGUCAGGCCGAGCUUCCAUUGUACUUCCUUCCAUUGGAAGACGAUUUGUUAUCGCUGGAAGCGAAUGAAGCCUUCAACGACCUGUACUGGCACCAUGACACGACCUCGAUCUUCCUGGCCUCUAAGGCUCUGAUGCAGAUCCAACAGCGGCAUGGGUUGUAUCCAAGAAUGCUUGGAAAGGGCGACAAUGCUCGCAAGCUAACAUCAUUACUGCAACGCGGUCGCAAAGAGCUUGAUGCCGACGAAGCGACCACCCAAUACACGAACCUGCCGAGCACAACCAUCGAGAGCCUAGUAAUCAUCGACAGGGACGUUGACACGGCGACGCCCCUGCUAACACAAUUGACCUACGAGGGCUUGAUCGACGAGUUGGUAGGCAUCAAGCACAACCAAGCAGAAAUCGACUCCUCCGUCAUUGGCGCUGCACCACAACAGCGGGGCGCUUCAUCGGCAGCAACUCAGCCAGCCCGGCAGUCGUUGAAACGCAUAGUCAAGCUAGACAAUUCCGACGCUUUGUAUGCCCAGCUUCGCUCCGUCAACUUCGCAAGAGUUGGUCCGAUGCUCAACCAGGUUGCACAUCGUCUGCAGUCUGACUACGAAGGUCGACACAGCCGUGGCAUCAACGAGCUUCGCGACUUCGUGAACAAGCUACCAGGCUUUCAGCAAGAGCAUCAGUCCCUUGGCAUUCAUACCAAUCUCGCAGAUGACCUGAUCAAGCGCACUCGCACAGACAUGUUCUUGAAAGAGCUCGAGAUUCAGCAGAAUUUAGUUGGCGGAGGCGACCCAUCAUAUCAGCACGACAGCAUCGAGGAGCUGAUCUCUCGUGAUGCACCAGUCGCCACGGUCUUACGCCUCCUUUGCCUGGAGUCUACGGUCGCAGGCGGUAUCAAACCUCGGGACCUAGAGUCCUUCAAACGCCAGAUAUUGCACGCAUAUGGCUACCAACACCUCCUUACCCUGCACGCACUAGAGAAGAUGGAGCUGUUACAGCCACGCACUGGCGCCAACGCUCUGCUCCUGCCGGUCGGCGGAGCUCAAAGCGGAUCCGGUACCAAGACCAAUUACUCGUACAUGCGCAAAGAGCUUCGUCUCGUCAUCGACGAAUAUAAUGAGGAGAAGCCCGAAGAUAUCGCCUUCGUCUACUCUGGCUACGCGCCACUCAGCGUCCGUCUCGUGCAAUGUAUCCUGCAGAAGCAGUACCUGCAGACUUUGCACAAGUCACCGCUCCCAUUGACACCGGCUAGUACGGGAUGGCAAGGAUUCGAGGAUAUUCUGAAGUCUGCAAAAGGUCCGACGUUCAAUAUCGUGCAGAGGCCGAGUGACGAAAGGGCAGCCAAGGCUAAGGCGGUCUUGACCGGCAAUGCUGGGCUGAAGACAGUCUUCGUGAUGUUUCUGGGCGGCAUCACUUUUACGGAAAUCGCUGCGCUCAGAUUUAUCAACAAGCAGCUGGAAGAGUCCGGUCAGCGCCGGAGGAUCAUGAUCUGCACCACUGGCAUUGUUAGUGGAAGGAGCAUCAUGGAAGGCGUCAUCGAAAAAAGCACGCUUGGAUCGGGCAUCAAGCGGGCAGCUACAACGGCGUCAGCCUCACAGUAG